GGCGGGCAGGGCGGUGGGUCACGUGACGGCGGCUCGGCGGCGCCGGCGGUUUGCUGUCAGCUGAUUCUCCGGCCGGGUGGCGGCGGCGGUGGCCAUGGACUUUCUCCUGGGGAACCCGUUCAGCUCUCCGGUGGGACAGCGCAUCGAGAGAGCUACCGAUGGCUCCCUGCAGAGCGAGGACUGGUCCCUCAACAUGGAGAUCUGUGACAUCAUCAACGAGACAGAGGAAGGCCCCAAAGAUGCCUUCCGAGCGGUGAAGAAGAGAAUCUCGGGGAAUAAGAACUUCCAUGAGGUGAUGCUGGCGCUCACGGUCUUGGAAACAUGCGUGAAGAACUGUGGACAUCGCUUCCACGUACUGGUGGCGAGCCAGGACUUCGUGGAGGGCGUGCUGGUGAAGACCAUUCUGCCCAGGAACAAUCCCCCAGCUGUAGUGCACGACAAGAUUCUCAGCCUUAUCCAGUCCUGGGCGGACGCCUUCCGAAGCUCGCCCGAUUUGACAGGCGUCGUCGCUGUCUACGAGGACCUGCGGAGGAAGGGCCUGGAGUUCCCCAUGACCGACCUGGACAUGUUGUCACCCAUCCACACACCCCAGAGGACCGUGUUCAGCUCCGAGACACCAUCAGGACAGAAUUCCGUGGGCUCGGAUGCCAAUCACCGAGGAGAUGCCAGCCAGCAGGGUGCCCCGCCACCUGACCCCCCUGCACUGCUGGGGGACGUCACCCUAUCGCUCACCCCUGAGCAGAUCGGGAAGCUGCGCAGCGAGCUGGAGCUGGUGAGUGGGAACGUGCGGGUCAUGUCCGAGAUGCUGACCGAGCUGGUGCCCACCCAGGCUGAGCCCGCCGACCUGGAACUGCUGCAGGAGCUGAACCGGACGUGCCGGGCCAUGCAGCAGCGAGUCCUGGAGCUCAUCCCCCGCAUAGGCAAUGAGCAGCUGACAGAGGAGCUACUCAUCGUCAACGACAACCUCAACAACGUCUUCCUGCGCCACGAACGGUUCGAACGAUUCCGGACAGGUCAGAGCGCCAAGCCUGCCAGUGAGGCUGAGGCUGCCGCCGACCUCAUUGACAUGGGCCCAGAUCCCACCGCCCCCAGCACCCUCUCGUCCCAACUGGCUGGAAUGAACCUAGGCUCCAGCAGUGUGAGGGCCGGCCUGCAGUCCCUGGAAGCCUCCGGCCGCUUGGAAGACGAGUUUGACAUGUUCGCGCUGACCCGGGGCAGCUCGCUGGCUGAGCAGCGCAAAGAGGUCAAGUACGAAGCCCCUCAAGCCACUGAUGGCCUGGCCGGAGCCCUGGACGCACGGCAGCAGAGCAGCAGUGGGGCAAUCUCUGUCUCCCAGGCCGGCGUCAUGGAGGACAUCGAAAAGUGGCUGGCAACAGACGUGGGAAAUGAUGCUGAGGAAGCCAAGGGCGUCACCAGUGAAGAGUUUGACAAGUUCCUUGAAGAACGAGCCAAAGCUGCCGACCGCCUGCCCAGUCUGUCCAGCCCCCCAGAUGAAGGCCCGAGGGGCACCCCCGUGGCCACUGCCCCCCGAAAGAAGACGCAGGAGAAGGACGAUGCUCUCUUUGCCUUGUGAAUGUGGGGGAUCUGCACCCUGCCACACAGUGCCCAUCCGUCCCGCCCAUUGGCUCCUCUCUCCUCCCGUUUGAAGGCUGCUUGGGGGGACUGUGUUGCCCACCUUCUCUCUUCUCUGAGGACAGGGCUGAACACUGGUGACUUGGGGGUUGCCAGUCACUCGUGCUCUGGGGUCCAGCGGCUACCAUGACUGUGCCUGAACCCCAAGGCCCCCCGUGAGUGCCUACACUGCCAGCCGAGGUCGGCUGGGAGCCGCCAUCCCCCGGCUGCUCCUGGCCCCCGCCUCCAAGUGCCCCAACUUCAGCCCACGGCGACACAAGCCACUGGCCCAUCCAGUUAUGCCGUGGCCUCAGAGGACCAUGGAGGAACGCCCCACUGCCUCUCUCGGCACCGCCCUGAAUCCUGGGCCUGCCUGUGGUUCCCUCCAUCUGGGAGGCAUGUCUCACAUCUCCAUUAAAGGUAGAAGGUCUCCAGGG